AUGGUCCUUCUCUUGCUUGUGCAAGGCCUCAUCCAGUACCCGCAGCAGGCCGGCGAUGGGCUGGAUGAGGCCACGCGGGAGCGCAUGCAGCAGCGGGCUGAGUAUCUGAACCGGCAGAUGAGUCAGCUGCUUCAGGAGCUGGAGCAGAAGAACCCGGAGCAGAGUGCUGGGGCCUGGGGAGCCCUGCUCAUGUGGCAGUUCUGGGCUCUGACUGGAAUCCUCACCCUUCUCUUGGCACUGUGGUUUGGACUCAGGAAAAUUAGACGUGAUCCAGACAACAGUGGCUACAAGGACAGGUCCAGCAUCAACCUGGUGGAGGAGGAGGAUGAAGAAGAAGGACACGACAUCAUUGCAAAGAAAGAAAUAGAAAGCAACAACACAAACGUGGAAGAAGACAGUAAGGAUGGAAAUGAAGAGGGCAGCAAUGAUGACGCAAGGGCGGAAGGCCAUGCUGGAAAUGAAGCAAAAGAAGGCUAUGACGAUGCAAAGGAAGAAGUAAACCAUGAUAAGAAGGGGGAGGAAGUCAGUGCUGCUGCAAAUGAAGAAGACAAACAUGGUGCAAACAAAGAAGACGAUGACCACAACAUCAACAGGAACCUCAGAAUCCUCUUAGAGGAGCACAUACAGUUGCCGGUUCUGGAUGUGGACAGAGGUUGCUCGGUGAUAAUGGACCUGAUGGACAAACUCACACACAUCUUCAGACAAGGCUUGUCCAACAGCUUCUACCCAGUGCCACAACAAGCCAUUGGAGUGGGCAGCACUUUUGAAGGCUGGAGUCACCAUGCACAAGACAUUGUGUAUCAUGUGCUUGUGCCCCUGAGCCCCCCUCCAGGACAUGCCUUCCACCUGGAGCUGGACACCACAGCGAUGAAGCUCCAGAGGAUCUUCCGUGUCCGUGUGGCGCUGAUGUGCACUUGCACGAGGGAGCAGCUGGGGGAGGACAUGUUAUGCUUCCUCCACCACCCCGAGGAGGAGCUGAGAAGGAGACAGGACCCGAGCCUCCUGCACACCCUCUGCACUGGCACCUAUCUAGAUGUGGAGAAAACUGUCCAUUGGUUCUAUCGAUUCAUCAGAGUAGCCUGGCUGCUCCUGCCUCAAUCCCGCCACUGGUGUUUAAUGUUGCAGCCCUCCAGCCGCUCCUGUAAAUUUCAGCUAAGCAAAGACAGUGAAAGCUUCAUGGCUGAGAUCAUCUUUGGAGUGCAGCAAGGAGACUCAGGUAUCUUUGUGGGCAGUCAGCCUGCAGAAGCAGGCAGCCCAAGCACAGCAUGGCUUGAGACUUAUGCCAUGGCAAAUGCAAAAUUCUUCAGCCACAUUUCGAGGCAGGCCUAGGACAGCUGGCACUGCAAGUGCCUGCAGCUCCUCACACGCUUCCUGAUGGGUGCAGGCUUUUCCAGCUAUGCCUUGAAGACCGUGGUGAUGCACCUCCUGAACACUGUACCCCUGACACAGUGGCGCAGGGGGGAUUUCCAGCAGCCACUGAUGGAUAUCCUCAAGUACCUCCACUGCUCACUGGAGACAAAACAACUCCACCACUUUGUCAUAGGCAAUGAGAGGUUUCCUAUGGACAUCAGC